AUUAUAUUUAAUCACUUUAAUUAUUUCCUACCUUAUAAGUCUGGUGUAAGGAUUCCAAAAAUUCAUAUUAUAAUCAACCACCAUGCGCACGGUUCUUGUAUUCCUCUUGCUGCUUCUUACUUGUGUCCAGUUGCAGUUUAUCCGCGGAGGUCACAAUAUGACUUUGGUGAAAUCCGUAUUGACAGCCAUUCGCGGCAGGGAGAAUUGGAAAAAUACCCCCAUUUUUAUAGGGGCCCACACGAAUUCGUAUGACCUAAACAAUCUGAUGAUUUGGCUUCAAGAUACGAUGGAAGUAACUUGUCACACGGUGGAUGCAUCUACUCCAUCCCACAAGGAGCAUCCACUGGGUAGCUAUAACAUAAAUGCCGAUGAUUCGGUCAGUCUGCUAUUUUGCCAAAGCACUCAGGCAAUGAUUUGGCUUAAUCUGGACAAGGCUCUUCGACGAUUACACCGCGUUCGGCUGAUUGUAGUUUUACCCACCAAACGAAGUGCAUCUUACAACGCUUUAAUGGGCAUCUUCAGGAGGCUAUGGCAUUUUCAGUUUACCAAUGUUCUCGUUCUUCACAGAGACCAGAUUUACUCAUAUACUCCUUACCCGGAAAUACGUUUCUUUAAGCUGGAUCUAAAUUUUGAUCAGCUUUUUCCUCCAAAUACAAAUGAUUUCCAAGGCUAUGUGGUAUCCACCCCAGUGGAGAAUGAUAUUCCUCGUGUGUUUUUUGUGCAGGAUCAAAAAACUGGAAGCAAGCAGAUCAGAGGAUAUGGAUAUCGUACAUUCGUGGAGUAUCUGGAUCGUCACAAUGCCUCGUUGCAUGUGAGCAACCCCUACAAGGAGCAUGCCACCAACAGUAGUGUCAAUAUGGGACGGAUGAUGCAGCGGAUAAUGGAAGGCCAGUUGGAGAUCUCAUUGCAUCCUUAUGUGGACGUGCCGGAGAUUAUGGGAGAUCAUAGCUAUCCGUUGCUGGUGGCCAGCAAUUGCCUAAUAGUCCCGGUCAGGAAUGAAAUAUCCCGUCAUAUGUAUCUGCUGCUGCCUCUCAAUCAAUGGAGUUGGCUACUGCUGCUCGGAUCUGUAAUAUACGUUAGCGGAGUACUCUACUGGAUUCAACCCGGUCUGGAACAUCGCACCUGGGAUCAGCGGAUUGGCUUUAACAUCCUAGAUAGCAUCAGCCGGAUAAUAUAUAUUUGCUCCCCCACAAGGGUUUACAGCCCAACGCUGAGGUAUUUUAUGGUCUCAUUACAACUCACUAUUCUGGGAUUUGUGGUUACCAACCUGUACAGCAUCCAGUUGAGCAGUUUCUUCACCACUUUGGUAGUGGGUGAUCAAGUGGAUAGCAUGGAACAGCUUAUCCAGCAGCAGCAAAAGGUUCUGGUCAAACAAUACGAGAUCAGCACGCUCCUGCGGCAUGUGGAACCCCAUUUGGUUGACGGAGUAGCCCGACUUUUAGUGGGCGUCAAUGCCAGUGAACAAGUCUCCGCUCUUCUGGCUUUCAAUCGCAGUUAUGCCUAUCCUUUCACCCUAGAAAGAUGGGAGUUUUUUUCCCUCCAACAGCAAUAUGCCUUCAAGCCCAUCUUUAGGUUCUCAUCGGCAUGCCUGGGAUCCCCCAUUAUAGGCUAUCCCAUGCGGAGUAACUGUCAUCUGCAGUGGUCGCUUAACAAAUUUAUACUGCGAAUCCAGGCGGCAGGACUCUUGCAGCAUUGGUUCGUAUCCGACUUUAACGAUGCAAUGCGGGCUGGUUACGUUAGACUUCUGGACAACGUCCUUGGAUUUCAAUCUCUGGAUAUCGAUUCCUUGCGCCUGGGAUGGGCAGUCCUUGGAUGUGGAUGGCUGUUGUCCGGUAUAAUAUUCCUUUGCGAACGCUGGCGUUUUUACUAUCGCCGCUAA